CCUGUCCCCCAGGUGCCUGCUCUUCCCCACGAGGGAAGCCCAGGAGACCAGGCAGCUGCGCUCCUAACAGCCAGGUACCAGAUGGUGAGACCUGGACUGAGGAUCAAUUAAUUAUAAAGCAGAAAACUCUUGAAGUAGGGACACAGCCACAUGAAGGAGGGGAAUGUGAACGAAACAAACAUGUGGGACCCUAUGGGUAUGGACAGAAUUUUGGUCAUAUCUCAGACUUUAUCCGACAGCCACGCAUUCUUAUGGAAGAGAAAUCUCAAAUGUGCAACACUUGUGGCAAGCUAUUCAGACGGAACACAUACCGUAUUCAGCAUGAAAAAAUCCACACACAGGAGAAGCCUUAUGAGUGUCAUGAAUGUGGAAAAGCCUUUGGCCAUAGUUCAAAUCUCAUUCAGCAUCAAAGAAUCCACACCGAGGAGAAACCCUACGAAUGCGGUGAGUGUGGGAAGGUCUUCCGGCGCAGCUCACACCUCAUCCAGCAUCAGAUCAUCCACACGGGGGAGAUGCCUUACCUGUGUAAUGAGUGCGGAAAAGCUUUCGGUCGGAGCUCAAGUCUCCUUCGACAUCAGAGAAUCCACACUAUGGAGAAGCCCUAUGAAUGUACCGAAUGUGGGAAGGCCUUCAGCCAGAGCUCAAAUCUAACAGAACAUAGGCGAGUUCACACCAGAGAGAGACCAUACGAAUGCUGCGACUGUGGGAAAGCUUACAGUCGUAACUCACACCUCAUCGAACAUCAGAGAGUCCAUACAGGGGAGACUCCUUAUGACUGUAAUGAGUGUGGGAAAUCUUUCAGUAGGAGUUCACUCCUUAUCAAACAUCAUAGAAUUCACACUGGAGAAAGACCCUAUGAGUGUAGUGAAUGCGGGAAGGCCUUUAGUCGGAACUCCCACCUUAUUCAGCACCAGAAGACUCACAGUGGGGUAAAACCUUCUGAAUGUAAAGAAUGUGGGAAAACCUUCAAGUACAGUUCAUACCUUAUUGAUCACCUGGGAAUCCAUUCAUGAGAGAAACUGUGAAUGAAGUGAAGGUGGUAAAGCCUUUGUUUGGAGUUCAGCUCUUAGCGAACAUCAGAGAACUCGUGCUGGGGAGAAAACCUUUGGCUGUAGUGAGUGCAGACGGCCUUCAGUCCUAGCUCAACUCUUACCAAGACCUGAAAAUCCACAUAGUGGACAGAUCUCAUGGAUGUGUUCAGUGCAUAAGUACCUUUAGACAGAGUUCCCGCCUUACUCAGCAUUAGCCAGUUUGCUUUGGGGGAAUGAUGGGUAUGGGGAGAGCCUUGCUAUGUGUCAGAGAGGGGCACGAAAGGGGCGUCAUCUGACACUACAGAAGGAAUGACUAAAGUGGAAGCUUAAGUUAGCACUACUUUUUUUUGAGGAUCUACAUCAGAGGGAGAUUCUAUGUUUUUUUUUCACAUCUCCAUAAUCUUCUGCCAGAAAUGGAAUGGGUUAGGUCCAUUCCAGGGAAGAAAGAAUCAGGGCAUUCUGGAUUCAGACUCAUAGAUCAGGAAAGCUGCAGUGUGACCUUUGAAUCCAAUAGCUUUCCUUGUAUCUCAUCUGUCCUGUUGGUUGUAACUAUACAUGGAAGUGGCUCUUGGGUCUUCUUGGACCAGCAUUUUCCCUCCUCAAUGUCCUGCAGACUACUGAAUCUCUUUUUGUUUUAUAUUUCAUAGAUGCUUUUAAUAAAUGGGCAAAUUUUCUAAGCCCAGUAAUUUCUCAGUA